CUCUAAAAUUCGUUCCCGCCAUUUAAGCCCGUUCUCUCUCUCAUGAUUUGUCGAGCUCGCAGCGUUCGAGUGGGAGAUAACGAGUCCUGAAUCACUUCAAUGGCGAAACCCGACGAAGAGAAAUCGGACGGCCUCGAAAUCAUCUCAAUCGGAAAGCUGUACAGUGGCCCCUGGGACAAGAAAUACUGGAGCUCCUCUAGGGGUAAAGAUCGCUAUCCUUACCCAGUUGGAUACAAAGCUGUACGGACACAUAAUGGAAUGACUUGUAAAAUGGAAAUUCAUGAAGGUCUCAAAGGCCCUUUAUUUUCGAUUGUUUCUGAUGGACCGCCGUGUUCUGGGCAAACUCCAGAUAUUGCAUGGGAAAGCUUUCAAAAGAAAGGCUGCCCUCGCUUAAAGUUGUGGCAUGGAAAGAGAUAUUCAUGUAAUAUCGAGGGUAUUGAGUUUUUUGGAUUCAAAAACCCCUUUGUUCAGAGGUUACUUAGGGAAUUGGUGGCAAAUGUUGAUGGAACUGCAGAGCAGAGUUUCUUACCAUCCAGCUGUAGCAAUGGGGAUUUGGGAACAAAGCAUCAUUCUCAAUCCACUGAAUCAUGUACAUCUCCUGAUGACCAAUUGCACUCUGCAAAACCACAGAUUAAAGGGAAGCGAAGCAGGAGGGGAAAACCCACAACUUUUAAUUCAACAUGUGAAGCUAGCUUUAAAAAACUCAGGCCUAAAGAUCAGAAUCUUCAGAUGCAUAAUAAUGAUGACACUACCAAUUCCAGACAAGGGUUUCAGAAUUAUCUUAAUGGCAGGACUUCCAUCCUUUACCCUGAUUCAAAUCAAGAGCAUGACGGAAGUAAUGAUCCGGAAGCUAUGGAAGCAUCAACAAGCUUGGAAACUGCAGUUCAGAGAGAAAAUGAUUUGGUCAAUGAUAGUUUGCCUUUGGAAUCAUCUCAACAUUUUGGUCAUCUUGGAAAGGAAUUGCCUCCCCAUAAAGAAAGCAAUCAUGUUAGUUCUGAAAAUUGCAUAUCCACUGGAAUAGCUGGCAACUUAUCACCCCUUGAUCAACAUCUUGAUAGGUCAAAAGAUGCUGAAAUUCAAAUGCUCUGUUCAUCAAUGCUGUCCAAAGAUAAAGAUGGUGAAGUGCCAAUUCCAAAAGAUACUCAAAAUGUCAGUGAUAUGGAUCUUUGUGCUCCUGAUUCUUUGGAUCCUCUGCAGGAUACUACUUCUGAUCCUCAACCAAAUAGGCUAAAGAAAAGUCCUUGCAAUGCGAGAAGUGAGUUGACUUCUGAAAAACUAGUGGUUUCUGAGAGUCCGGCACCUGAGUUGCAUCCACUCGAAGAGAUGGGCACGUUAACUGCAAGUUCUGAAAAGAGUGAUUUUGAUUCAGUUGAUCAGGACAUAGCCAAUUCGAUGAUGACAUUUCUGCUUCCUCGAGCACUCCCACUGCUCAAAACAUUUUCGAGGAAGAAAAAGAAAAUCAAGAAUGGUUCAGAAAAUUCUCCUUGUUGGGAACAAAACCAGAAGAAAGCUAACAGAACAGACUACCAUGCAGAUCUCCCACCCCCCGCUGAAGCUCAUACUCAGAGUCCCCUUUUAGACCAGAAGGAAAAGCAAAAGAUGCAAAUCUUAAAUGCAGAACCCGGUUUAGUUGUCCCAAGUUUUGAACUAUAUCCACCUGUGGUUCAUGAUAGCGUCAAGAAUGGUAAAUCUGGUUCUGACGCCGCUGAAGCUGGUGUAGCAGCCUUGGGUGAAAGCAUACCUAGGUCUGACGAUUCGGGACUGCCUGUGAAUGUUGAUACAUCAGCUCAGUCAUUAAUUGGCCAUGCUGGUGGCAGUGACAGCAAUGACAUCUUCACUUUCAACAAAGCACCUAUGUCCUCAAUUGGCAGGCCUAAGAAUGGUGAUAAUCUCAUACCUGAAUCUACCUUAGGUUGCAUGCUUUCUAGUGAGCAUGUUAUCCUUGCAAGUAACAAGGAUAUCUGCAGACAUUCAGAUGAAAAGGUAAUGCACUGUGAUAUCCAUUCCAAGGAAAAGGACCUAAAUGAAUCACCAAGUUGUGUUAAAGGUACAGUCGAUGACAACUCGACAAGCGUUGCGAGAUCUGUUCAAGUAUCACAUGGGGAAAUCAUUUUUAAAGAAGGAGAAGCUGAUACUAGCAAUACUUCCUUUACCCAUAUCCAAAAUGAAGCUUCGACAAGAAAACACAAUGGUCCUCUCACAGAAAGUAUCAUAUUCAGAAACGUUAAUGACGGUUAUGGCCCUAACAUGUAUACUGCCACAAACUUGUUGCUUGCCUCAGAUAUUCAGCCAGCUAGCCCCUUCAAUUCCAACCCACAUACAAGUUAUUCAUCUGGUGUUGAUGCCAUAAAUGACGGACAGACCAACAGUUUGCACGUGCAGAAAUUUACCAAUAAUUUUAAUGGUAGACUUCAUAAUGUGGCAGCUGUUUUACAAAGCCAAUCAUUUAUGGGUCCCUCCAGUUUCGCUACCAAUUUGGAGGUUAUUAAUCAAACUUCUUCAUGCAAUGAAAAAUCUCUGGCCGAAGUUGACAAGGAGCUGCAGAGGCGCCAAAAUAUUGUUGAUAUGAGCAAUCCUGUAUCACGGUUUCAUAAACAGGGAAGGGAUAUCUGUGUGAAUAACAGUGAAGUUGCAGAUGAUUCACGCUUAAAGCUUCCAAUGGACAUGGGGGAUAAUGACAAAAUGGAGAAAAUAAUUGACUUAGUUGGAUGUUAUAUCCACCCCUUGCCAAUUUCAUUGGUGUUAUUGAGUACGAAAGAGAAAGAAAUCUAUAUUUGUGUUCUAUGCGGUGUUUCUGCGGAUAAGAGAAGAACCCUGUUUGUGUACAAGGUAUCGCUAGAACAGCAAAGCUUAGGAUGCCCUUCUUUUAUUGGCCACACUCAAAUACUCUUGCCAACUUCAAAAGAUGCAUUUGGUAGAGAAAUUACUCUAGAAAGAUCUGGUUUGCAAUUCACUCCAGAUGGGCAGUGCCUUGUCUUACUGAAAAGUAUGAAAGCUCCUCAUUGCAGGGAAGGGAAACUUCAGUGUCCAUGCUCAGGUUGUAGAUCGGAAUGCUUUGAGAAUUAUGCAGUAAAGGUUGUGCAAGUAAAACAUGGUUAUAUUUCUGUUGUGGCAACUUUAAAGACAGUUGACGAUGUUCACUGUCUAUUAGUUUGUGAACCUAACUAUGUUGUCGGCGUUGAAGAGAGUGGGAAAUUGCACCUAUGGAUCAUGAACUCAACGUGGAGUGCACAGAUAGAGGAAUGUGAUCUAUCAACUUCUGACUGCAUAUUUCCGUGCAUAGUUGAGUUGAAGAGAGUCCCCCAUUGUGCUGCUCUUGUUGUUGGCCAUAAUGGCUUCGGGGAAUUUGGUUUAUGGGAUAUUUCCACGCGGACCUUUGUAGCAAGAUUUUCUUCUCCAAGUACUUCAGUUUGUCAAUUCCUUCCAAUCGCUCUAUUUAGAUGGCAAAGUAAAGCUCAUGGUCACAUCAAUGACCUAGCAGCUGCAAGAAAAGCAUUGUUUUUGGAGCAGUGUGGGAAUCAUAUGUCUACUCCAAUAGAUGGGGAAGAUGUUGCUGUUUGGCUUUUCAUCUCAACUGUCUGCAAAAACGAUGUUCAACAAGACUUUCAGUCUACUGACCGCAAAACAAACCCAGUUGGAUUCUGGAGGCUAGCUCUGCUGGUGAAAAACAGGGUGAUCUUGGGAAGUGCAUUGGACUCAAGGGCUGCUGCAAUUGGUGCAUCGGCUGGCCAUGGUAUUAUUGGAACAGGUGAUGGACUUGUUUACACGUGGGAACUGUCUACAGGAAGCAAGGUUAAGGAUCUCCUGUGUUUCAAAGGUAUUGGGGUCUCAUGUAUCGCUACGAGUAACUCAAAAUCAGGUCUUCUGGCAGUUGCCGGUGGAGACCAGCUGAGGGUUUAUUUGCACUCACAAGGGGGCCUUUUCUGAUCUACUUGGUGGCUUACCGGUAAUUAGACAAGUUACUCAUGCUCAAGGAUGGUUGCAUAUAUAUGGAUCUGUGGGCCAGGCUGGAUUUCUAUUCGUUUUAAAUUGUGGCACGUAAACUACCAUCCAACGCAUAGUGGACAGUUUUUGAGGUGUACAAUUCAGGUGAGAAUUUGUAACUUUUGCCGUAAAUGGCUUAGAAGUUCGAACUAGGCAUGAUGUAGCCCAUGCGGUAAAGAAAGUACGAGUAAAUCAUAGCCGAACAUCUGUGCAUGUAAAUUUUUUCAUUUCCUUAUCCAUUUUAUCAUAUCCAUGUACUCCUCACUUGCUAAUCUCGUUGAUCUGUUGAAAAAUAAUUCCAAAAAAUUAUUAUUCAA